AUGGCUUCUACUGUGGACCGGAGGGAUCAAUCCUCCCGGAGGUCGGGGCACACGAGGUCUCGUUCUCCGGCGAGGGAGCGCGUAUCGCCUCCACGCAAGCAGAGCCCGCCAGCUCGAAGGGAGAGGUCACGGCCUGAGAGGACUGGCUCGCCUAGGAGGUCAGGGCACACAAGGUCCCGUUCUCCGGCCAGGGAGCGCGUGUCGCCUCCACGCAGGCACAGCCCGUCAGCUCGGAGGGAGAGGUCACAUGCUGAGAGGAGUGGCUCGCCUAGGAGGCGGUCCCCUGUUAAGGCUAGCCUUUCACAUAGGGAGAUGUCGCCACAGAGAGAGAAGGUGAAGGAGCGGGUCAGGUCGCCGAAACACGCACGGUCCCCAUCGCCUGCUGGGAAACGGCAGUCUCGGUCGCUCUCACCACGCUCCAAGCGACUAAGGAGAGCUCAGGCUGAGCGGGAAGGGGCAGAUGUAACUGAGGGCGACCGUCGGAGACCUCCCAGUAGUGAAGACCGGGGCACGCGGAAGCACAGGGAGCGUGAUGAGGGGAGGGAUGUGUCAAGGGAUAGGAAGGUGGAGCUAAAAGAUGAUAGGAGUGCCUUCACAGGUAGAAGACUGGAUGAUGAUAAUGAUGGAAGGGGCCACUCAAGAGAUAGAAGAACUGACAGGGAUGAUCGGUCAGGUGCUUCGAGAGAGGCACGAUCAGGCUGGGACGACGACAGACAUGAUUCAAGAGGGAAAAGGUCGGACCCGGACCGAAAAGGUGGUUUCAGGGAGCAAAGAACAGAUCAAAGUCCCAGAAGGGAUUCCGUGCGAGAUAGAAUGGCAGACCGGGAUGAGAACAAUGGUGGAUCAGGACGAUCAUCUAGGCGUGGCCGAUCAGGGUCUCCAGAAGAGUAUAGACAUAGGGGCAGACAUGAAUCUCACACAUCACCACGGGCAUCCAGAAGUGCAGCACAUCGUGAGGAUACAAGCUCUAGACUGGAUGUAGCAUCCCGGAGUGGUGAUGCUGAUUCAUUGGCAAUGAUGAAUACUGCUGCAGAAGCUCUGGAGGUGAAAGAAAAGCAAAAACCAUCAUUUGAGUUGUCUGGAAAGCUUGCCGAGGAGACUAACAAAGUUGGAGGUAUAACUUUGUUGUAUUCAGAACCUCCAGAGGCUCGCAAAUCAGAUAUUAGAUGGAGACUCUAUGUAUUCAAGGGCGGUGAAGCACUGAAUGAACCGUUGUAUGUUCAUCGCAUGAGCCACUACCUUUUUGGAAGGGAAAGGAGGAUUGCAGACAUCCCCACCGACCAUCCCUCCUGCAGCAAGCAACACGCGGUUCUUCAAUAUAGACUUAUAGAGAAGGAGCAACCAGAUGGCAUGAUGUCAAAGCAAGUGAGGCCUUAUCUGAUGGAUCUUGGUAGUACCAAUGGGACUUUCAUCAAUGAGGAUCGCAUUGAGUCCCACCGCUACUAUGAACUCUUUGAAAGGGACAACAUUAAGUUUGGCAACAGUAGCCGGGAGUACGUGUUGCUCCAUGAGAACUCGACGGACUGA